AUGACAAGCUCUAAUAGUAAUAGUAAUGUUAAUUCGAAAAAAGUACUUACUCCUGACCGUAAAUUAAAAUCGAAGAAUAACACGGAAAAAUCUCCUGACACAGGAUGGUGGUUGGUUUUUGGAGUGAUUAUUCUUCUUACUCUUGUAACUAGAUUUUAUAAUGUCACUGAACCCCAACAUGUUUGCUGGGACGAGACACAUUUUGGAAAAAUGGGAAGCUGGUAUAUCAACAGAACGUUUUUCUUUGAUGUUCAUCCACCCCUUGGAAAAAUGUUAAUUGCAUUAUCUGGAUACUUAACCGGAUAUGAUGGUACAUUUCCAUUUGAAAAACCUGGAGAUAAAUUCGGAGAUGCUAAAUACGCAGGAAUGCGAGUGUUCUGUACAUUUUUGGGAGCAACUAUUGUACCUUUAGCGUUUUUAACAAUAUGGGAUUUAACAAAAUCAACUGGUGCUGCUUCAUUAUCGGCAAUGUUUAUUUUAUUUGAUGUCGGCUUGGUAACUCUGAAUAGAUACAUUUUAUUGGAUCCGUUGUUAUUGUGUUUUAUGAUGUCAGCAACCUGGGGAAUGGCGCGAGUCGGUGCUCUGAAGGAUCAAGCAUUCACAAAAACCUGGUGGGGUUGGUUGUCAUUCACUGGAAUAUCUCUAGCUUGUACAAUGGGAGUUAAAUUUGUCGGAUUAUUUGUCGUACUAUUAGUCGGGUUAUUUACAAUAAGCGAGCUCUGGAGAGAACUAGGUGAUUUGUCACAACCUGUUACAAAUGUAGGAAAACAUUUAUUAGCAAGGAUUUUGUGCUUGAUAAUCUUACCAAUUAUUUUAUACAUGGUCUUUUUUUUCAUCCAUCUGAUUGUUUUGAACAAGAGUGGAAGUGGUGAUGGAUUUUACAGCUCUGAGUUUCAGUCUCUAUUACAAGGCAAUUCACUUCACAACGCUUCCAUGCCGAGAGAGCUCUCAUACGGUGCUACGAUUACACUAAAAAAUCAUCGUACGGGUGGUGGAUACUUACAUUCGCACUGGCAUCUGUAUCCAGAAGGUGUUGGUGCUAGACAACAACAAAUCACAACCUACUCCCAUAAAGACGACAAUAAUUUAUGGCGUGUCAAGAAAUUUGAUACUGAUAAACUACCGGCUGAACCUGAGUUAGUAAAGCAUGGAGACCUCGUUCGUUUGGAGCACAUUAUCACAGGUCGCAAUUUACACUCGCACAAAGAAAUAGCUCCAGUUUCAAAAAAACACUAUCAAGUAACAGGCUACGGUGAAAAUGGUACAGGUGAUGCUAAUGAUGUAUGGAAAAUUUUGAUAUCUAACGGCAAAGAUGGUGAUAUUAUUCAGACAGUUACCAGCAAACUCAAGUUCGUUCAUUAUCUCCAUCACUGUGUACUAACGUGUAGUGGUAAAACUCUACCUAAAUGGGCUUACAGUCAACAAGAAGUCUCAUGUAAUCCUAAUAUGCGAGACAAAAAUGCCUUGUGGAAUAUUGAAGAUAAUAGGUAUCCUAAAUUACCUAACGUUAGUUUUCAAGUAUACGCACCAGGGUUUCUUGCUAGAUUUAUCGAAUCUCAUGCGGUCAUGCUUCAAGGGAAUUCAGAAUUAAAAGUUAGAGAGGGUGAAGUUACUUCUCGUCCUUGGCAGUGGCCUAUUAAUUACAGAGGGCAAUUUUUCUCAGCAAAUAAUCAUCGAGUUUAUUUGCUAGGGAAUCCAAUUAUAUGGUGGGGAAAUAUAGUUUUUCUAUUUAUAUUUGCCCUCAUAUAUUUAUACACGGCAGUAAGAGAGCAAAGAGGCUGCGAAGAUGACCCAAAAGUUGUUGCUGAAAUAGAAAAAUUAAAAACAGCAGGCAGCUGGUUAUUCAUCGGAUGGCUUUUACAUUACGUUCCUUUUUGGGCAAUGGGACGAGUACUCUACUUUCAUCAUUACUUCCCGGCAUUAAUGUACAGCUCUAUGCUCACCGGUAUAACGAUAAGUUUUAUCAUUGAUACACUAUUCUUUUUACUACCACAGAGAAUCGCAAAUACUAUUUAUCAUCUUAUUCUUGGAACAGUUACUUCCGUGACUAUCUACAGCUUCUAUUUAUUCUCGCCGUUGGCUUACGGUAUGGACGGAUCAAAUUCGGAUUCUCUCGUUAAUCCUAUGCUUGGGCUACGCUGGCUCGACUCAUGGGAAUUCUGA